AUGGGCAUAAACGCCAUGGUGGACAUAGUCAUGAUUGCCGACUACUUCCUGCAGUACCGAAAUCUGGCUCUCACACUCGCGACCAGUGGCGCUGACUUCGGCACUCUCGUCUUCCCACACCUCGUGACCUACCUGAUCGACUGGGUGACCUGGCGGUUCGCCAUGGUCGGACUGUCGGCCAUCUUCACGCACCAACUUGUGCUGGCCGUCUCAACGCAUCCGUUGCCUCCGGCCUCUCUGGGCGCGGCACAUUUCGUUAUGCCGACGACCACCGAUACCGGAAGCCCUCCAUCCUCCGCAAAUGUGGUCAACGGGCCUGGCAACAGUUGUUCCCGGCUCGAACGUCUGCCGGCCCAACUCCUCAAAGCCAUGCAGACUAGGCAGGCGCAAACACGCUCGCUGUACCUACAACACCUUCAGCACCAGUUCGGCUUGGGCAAACGAGCCGGGCCGUCAGGCUGCUCGACCAACAGGCCUGUUGUCAUCCCGUUUGCCGGACAGACAGUGUCGGGAGCACGCAACUCAUUCAGGUUGGGUCGACACGAGAUUAGAGGAUCGCCUGGCGACCUUUCCGGCCUGGAGACCGGACUUGGCAAACUUGAGACAGUUCCUUGUUUGAACGAAAUGCCAAGCGGUUGCCAUGCUCUGCCAGCCAGCUCGACCACGUUUUUCACUCCGAAUGUGGUCCUUGAAAUCGCCAAAGUCACAAUCUCAGCUCCUCCUGGCCGACAAGUCAGAACCAGUCUCAUCUCGGAACAGUUUCCACUUCGACCGGGUCCAAAAAGAUCCAGUUCACCGUUCAUCCACUCGACCGCCGAGAUGACGGCACACAAGGAGCAGACGUCUGGAGGCCUGAUGCUCAACGAGAGGUCUCUGGCCGUUGAGGGAACCGGCUCUUCUACAGCAUUGCUCACC